AGGAAGGAAGGAAGGAAGGAAGGAAGGAAGGAAGGAAGGAAGGAAGGAAGGAAGGAAGGAAGGAAGGAAGGAAGGAAGGAAGGAAGGAAGGAAGGAAGACCAUGGGGCGAUUCACCUUCCUCAGCCUGGCCUUGCUGGCCGUGUUCCUCUCCCUGAGUGGAGCCGAAGGCUAUUGUUGUCCUGUCGAUUGGCUCCCCAGGAAUGGGCUUUGCUAUAAGCUCUUCAGUAAACACAAGACCUGGUUAGAUGCAGAGAUGUUCUGCAGGAAAUACAAGCCAGGCUGCCACCUCGCCUCCAUCCAUAGCGAUGCAGACUCCGCUGACUUGGCCGAGUAUAUGUCUGACUAUCGCAUAGGUCAGGGACACGUCUGGAUCGGACUGCGGGAUACAAAGAAGAACUACGUCUGGGAGUGGACAGACAGAUCUAGAACCGACUACCUAUCCUGGGCGAAAAAUCAGCCCGAUCACUUCCAGAACAAAGAGUUCUGCGUUGAGGUUGUGGAGUUUACAGGGUAUCUCCAGUGGAACGAUGACGACUGUGAUGCCUUGCGUCCUUUUCUCUGCCAAUGCAAAUACUAGUGGAAAUGGCUCCUUCGGUUGCUCCAGAGGGAGUGAAGCACCUGGUGAAGUCUGGAGAAGGAAGGAAGCCCCCCCUGCCCACUGAAAUCUCCGCUCUGCACCCCUUCGCUUCAUGGAUGCUUUCUGUAGCUUGGAUCUGACUUUGCUCCUCUGAUGGGCCAGGAGGUC